CCACAAUGCUCAAGUUUAAGCAGUGACUUAAACUGGUUGUGUGAAGUUACUUGGGUGUUUGAAAUGGUGGGGAACUGGUAGACAGUGUUGGUGGAAAUUAGCAUGCCUUGAAUUGGUUGUUUCUAUUUGUUUUACUUCAUCAGUUAUUUGAAUUUUUCUAGGGUUUCUGGGGUGGUGAAUAUGGGUUCUCCAUGGUGUUUAAAUGUUUGAAUUUGAUCACCGGCUUGGGUUUUUUUGUUAUCAAUGACGAGCGUACUUUGGAGGAUGUAUGCAAACCGACUAUAUACUCAGUGGGAGAAGACAUUUCUUUGGGACAUGAUCGAACCUUACCAACGCCCUAAAUCUUUUACUCCACUUGUGCCCUUAUAUGUGGCUGCCUUUUACACUGGUGUCAUAGGAUCUGCCAUAACAGAGCAACUUUACAAGGAGAAGUACUGGGAGGAACACCCAGGAGCAGCAGUGCCCCUCAUGAAACCCAAGUUCUAUUACAGCACCUGGAAGGUAGAGAGAGACGAUUUUCUACCACGAGCCAACCAGUGAUGAAGCUGCUUUUGGACUCAUCAUAAUCAACUGUAGAAAUGUCAGAUAUGUGUUUUUGUAUUCCAAAAGCUGUAUCAUCUUGUGGAGUUGCUAAGAGCAGUAUGCUUCUGUCUUGUCCCCACACAUUUUGGAUGAAGUGGCUCCUACAGCACGUGUCAACAAUAGCUUAAGUUUCCAUUUUUUCCACUGAUAUCUUUAGUUUGAAUAUUUGUCCUCUCUAGGUGGUGUAUGUUGGCACUUUUGCGUGCAGGUUCUGGGUGUUUCCAUUCUAAUAUAGAUUUUUCCUUUUUUUUUUAA